AUGCUUGUACCGCUAACCUUGGCGGUUGGCCUGCUUGCCACACGAGUAAAAGCCAACGAGCCAACUCCAGACUAUACCAAGCACGUCAAUCUAUUCAUUGGAACGGAAGGGCCAGUGCCGGGGACAGCUUUCAGCGCUGGCAAUGUCUUUCCAGGAGCUUCACUACCCUUCGGCGCCGUGAAGGUUGGCAUCGACACCACAAGAUGGAAUGUGUCAUUCUCAGCUAAUGCGGGCUAUACCCCAGACGGUAACGUCACAGCCAUCACGAUGCUUCACGAAAGUGGCACUGGCGGUGCGCCUACAUAUGGUCUUAUCCCGCAGAUGCCUCUCACAACAUUGGAGGGCGUCAAUCUCCUGGAUAACCUCACGUAUAUGCAGCCACGUGUCGUUGAGGACAUUGCCACGGUAGGAUACUACAAGACGCAACUGGGCAAUGGUGUCACUGCCGAGAUGAGUGCUUCUCACCACGCCGGUAUUAUGAGAUACCAUUAUCCAAAUGACAGUCAGCGCUUUGUCUUGGUAGACCUUAGUCACUUCAUUCCUAGCACGGGGAAGAAGGAGCAAUGGUACAGCAAUGGCCUGAUCGAGAGGAGCGAAGAUGGGGACUGGUACUCGGGUUACGGGGUUUACCGUGAAGGAUGGGCGUGGGGUGGGGAGUACAGGGUAUACUUCUGUGGCCACUUUGACACUAAGCCACUAAAGACUCAGUUCUUCUCGGGCAAGGCAACGGAUCCCUACUGGCCGAAUACGACAGAUGUAAGACACAGUUUUACCGAUGCCACAACGCUUCAAGGUGGUACGGUAGGCUAUCAGUACGCCGAUCGCAUCGGCUCUCUUUUUGAGUUCCCGCCCAAUACCACGAUGGUUACAUCCAAGGUCGGCAUUUCGUGGGUAUCCGCAGAUAAAGCCUGCCAAUUCAUCGAAGAGAUUCCCGCCUGGGAUCUUGAAGCAACUAUCCAAGCAGCCAGGGACCAAUGGAACACUGAGGUGCUAUCCAAGAUCGAUAUUAAGACUGAGAAUCAGACACAGCUGGAGAUGUUCUAUACGGGACUCUACCAUUCGCAUUUGUUGCCCUCGGACCGCACGGGCGAGAACCCGAACUGGAUAUCUGAUGAGCCAUAUUAUGACGACUUCUACACCAUCUGGGACACCUUCAGAUGUCUACACGCGCUUACAACUUUGAUCUUGCCAAAUAGAGUCAUAGGAAUCGUACGCGCACUCAUUGACAUCUGGAGGUUCGAGCGAUUCAUGCCUGACGGACGAAGUCACAACACCAAUGGCCGAGUACAGGGAGGUUCAAAUGCCGACAAUGUGUUGGCCGAUGCGUAUGUUAAGGGGCUACAAGGAGGCAUCAACUGGACCGAUGCGUAUCGUGCCAUGAAAACGAACGCGGAGUUACAACCGUACAACAAUUUUGACUUUGAGGAUCCGACUGGGAGCACCAAAGAAGGACGCGGCGGGCUACAAGAUUGGAAACAGUACGGCUAUGUUACCCCAAACCGUGGCCGGUCACUUAGCAAAACUACGGAGUACUCUCACAACGACUUCAGCCUUGCCCAGGUUGCAAAAGGAGAGGCCCCGAAUGAUGUUGGUCUAUACCUCAACAGGUCUAGGGGGUGGCAGAAAACCUGGAACAACAAUGUGACAUCUCUCAACUUCACUGGGUUCUUGGCCCCGACCUACGCCAAUGGCAGCAUUCUCAGUUACGAUCCGUUGAGCUGCGGUGCUUGCGACUGGACCUCUUACUCUUACGAGGGUGUACCGUGGGAGUACAGCUUCAGCUUCCCCUUCGAUAUGAAAACACUCAUCUCCCUAAUGGGCGGGCAAGAGACCUUUGAAUCACGCCUUGACACGAUGUUCAUUCCCGGCCUGACACGUUCUAACCAGGGAGGUAACAGCGCCGGUACCACAAUUUUCAAUCCUGGAAACGAGCCAAGCUUCAUGACUCCUUUCCUCUAUAACUAUCUUCCACAAAAACAGUACAAAUCUGUGCAGCGGUCACGGGAGGUCGUCAACCAGUACUACAACAACGGACGCUCGGGUAUUCCAGGCAAUGAUGAUGCGGGGGCCAUGUCGAGUUGGCUGGUAUGGAAUAUGAUCGGUUUAUAUCCUGUCGUUACGCAACCUGUUUACCUGAUCCUCUCCCCAUGGUUUGAAGAGGUAAAGUUGAAGCUUGGAGACGAAGGCAGCAUCUUGAGAAUCACCGCAUCUGGUUUGGACAAGGGUCCUUACAUUCAAAGUUUGAAGGUCAAUGGCAGAGAAUGGACUCAAAGCUGGUCGAGUCACAAUGACCUAGUUGGAGUUGGCGGUGAAGGCGCUUUGUUGGAGUUUGAAAUGGGUGCCGACGCCACACUGUGGGAUACUGGAGAUAUCCCACCGAGUCCAGGUGCACUCAAUAAGUGA